GAGCUGCUACAACAUUGCAAAGCUCGCUCUGACACAAAGUGUUCCACUGUGUCCUAACAUCACGCCAAGAGCUCAGCUGUAUACACCAUGCCUCUUUCCAGAAGGAUUCCCUGCUCAGCAAUGUCUUCUCUCUCAUUGCUCUUUGUGUGGACCACUUUACUUCUCUCAAUAGCAAACAGAAGCAAAGUGUACGGUGUUGUAUUAACGACCACUGAGCCUAAUGCUAGUGUGACAGUCUCUGGAGAAGGAGAUGGCCUCCCUGAAGGUAUUAAGGACUUCUAUGACCUGGGCCAUGAGGAAGAAAGCGACAAUGAAGAUAAUGAAGAACACAUCUCAAUCAACAGCUUCUUCAUAGACGAUGAUUCUAUUCGUGUGCAACCAGUAAUCAAGCCAGAAAACGCAGACGCGUCAACAGCAACAGUCAGCAAGAAAGGUGAAAAGAAAAAUGGAGAAAAAAAGAAGAAAAAAGGAUCAAAAAAGGGAAAUAAGAAGAAGAAGCAGAAUCCCUGCCUAACCACACAUAAAAAAUUCUGCAUACAUGGCGAAUGCCGAUACCUAGAAAAGGUUCCAGAAGUCUCAUGCAAAUGCCAGCAAAACUUCUUUGGUGAGCGGUGCAGCGAACAGUCUAUGACAUCUGCAAAGGAAAAACUUAGCGACAUAACCACAACAACAGUAUUAGCAGUUAUAGCUGUCCUGCUAUCAACUCUUAGCAUUUCUGCCAUCAUCAUCAUCAUUGUAGUACACACACGAAGGAAAUAUCCAUCCUAUCAAUAUGAAGCAGAAGAAAAAAAGAAAUUAGGUCAAGAAAAUGGAAGUGAUGAAGUUUAAGUUUGAAGGAAAUGGUUGCGUACCGAAUUCUGUAGAAGCACUGCCACGCAAUGUGACCCCGAAAAUAAUAUAUUUUUUUAUUACGAUAAUUUAUUUUUAUUUAAUAUUUUUAAU